AUGUUGUCUAGAAGUAUUAAACAAUCCUUGAAACGUGCUCCAAUUAGAGCUUUAUCCACCUCCGGGUUGAAAGUUGCCAACAUUGCAUUAACCAGAUCCAUUCACAUUCAAUCACAACCUUCUAAUAGAUCUAUAAAUAGACAAACCAAUGGAUUGAACUUCAAGCGUUAUGCUUCCAUUACUGUGAAGGUCCCAGAUAUGGCUGAAUCCAUCACCGAAGGUACUUUGUCUGCCUUCAACAAGGAAAUUGGUGAAUUUGUACAACAAGAUGAAACCAUUGCCACUAUUGAAACCGAUAAAAUUGAUGUUGAAGUCAAUGCCCCAGUUUCUGGUACUAUUACUGAAUUCUUAGUUGCCGUCGAAGAUACUGUUGAAGUUGGCCAAGAAAUUAUUAAGAUUGAAGAAGGUGAUGCUCCAGCUGGUGGUGCUGCUGCUGCUCCAAAGAAGGAAGAAGCCCCAGCUGCUGCUGCUGCCACCCCAGCUGCUCCAAAGGCUGAAUCCAAACCAGCUGCUGCUGCUCCAGCUGCUCCAGCUGCCCCAAAGAAGGAAGCUGCUCCAAAAGCCGAAGCUCCAAAGAAGACCGAAUCUGGUGCUGCCACUUUCACCAACUUCUCUAGAAACGAAGAAAGAGUCAAGAUGAAUAGAAUGAGAUUGAGAAUUGCGGAACGUCUUAAGGAAUCACAAAACACUGCUGCUUCAUUAACUACCUUCAAUGAAGUUGAUAUGACCAACUUGAUGGAAAUGAGAAAAUUAUAUAAGGAUGAAUUCCUCGAUAAGACCGGUAUUAAAUUAGGGUUCAUGGGUGCUUUUGCCAAGGCUUCUUGUUUAGCUGCUAAAGAAAUUCCAGCUGUUAACGCUGCCAUUGAAAACAAUGAUACCCUUGUUUUCAGAGAUUACACUGAUAUUUCUGUUGCCGUUGCUACUCCAAAGGGUUUAGUUACCCCUGUUGUUAGAAACGCUGAAUCAUUAUCUAUCUUGGGUAUUGAAAAAGAAAUUUCUAACUUGGGUAAGAAAGCUAGAGAUGGUAAAUUAACUAUAGAGGAUAUGACCGGUGGUACUUUCACUAUUUCUAACGGUGGUGUUUUUGGUUCUUUGUAUGGUACUCCAAUUAUCAACAUGCCACAAACUGCUGUGUUAGGUUUACAUGCUGUUAAACAAAGACCAGUUACUGUUAAUGGACAAAUUGUUUCUAGACCAAUGAUGUACUUGGCUUUGACUUAUGAUCACAGAGUCUUGGAUGGUCGUGAAGCUGUUACCUUCUUAAAGACAAUUAAGGAAUUGAUUGAAGACCCAAGAAAAAUGUUGUUGUUAGAAUAA